GGGCGGGUGAGGGAGAGGGCACCGGCACCGGCACGGGCACCGGCACCGGCAUCGAUACCGAUACCGAUACCCAUGCAUGGUGCAGAGGAGACGGUGGCGGCGGGGGCGCCGCGGGUGAGCGCGGCAAGCACACAGACCGACAGCAUGGCCGGUCAAGUGCCAAGACUUUCUAAGGUCAAUCUUUUUACUUUGUUCAGUCUCUGGAUGGAGCUCUUUCCCUCAGCUGAGCAACAGAAAAAAUCACAGGUAAAGAAGAGUGGUCUAGUUGUGGUGAAAAACAUGAAGAUUAUUGGUCUUCAUUGUUCCAGUACAGACUUGCAUGCUGGCCAGAUUGCACUCAUUAAACACGGAUCAAGACUUAAAAACUGUGAUCUUUAUUUUUCCAGAAAACCAUGUUCGACUUGUUUAAAAAUGAUUGUAAACGCUGGUGUGAACAGGAUUUCUUACUGGCCUGCAGAUCCUGAAAUCAGCUUGCAGAAUGAGGCAUCCAAUCCCAUGACUACUGAUGAUGCAAAGCUAGAUGCCAAAGCAGUAGAAAGACUGAAGUCAAAUAGUCGUGCUCGUGUGUGUGUGUUGCUUCAGCCCUUGGUGUGCUAUAUGAUGCAAUUUAUUGAAGAAACUUCCACCAAGUUUGAUUUUAUUCAAAAAAUAGCAAAAUCUGAGGCUAACUCGAAUACUGACUUUUAUACUGCGUGUAGACAAGAGAGAAUAAAAGAGUAUGAAAGUUUAUUCCUAAUUUCAAAUGAGGAAACGCACAAGCAAAUAUUGAUGACAAUAGGACUGGAGAACCUCUGUGAAAAUCCAUACUUCAGCAACCUUAGGCAAAAUAUGAAAGAUCUUGUGUUGGUCUUGGCAACAGUGGCUGCCAGUGUCCCUGUCUUUGGAGGCUUUGGAUUUUACAACAGUGAAUCAUGGCGAACAAAUGAAACAGACCAUCAGAGUUUGCCCCAAGAAAUUGCAAGGCAUUGUAUGAUACAGGCCAGACUACUUGCAUACCGGACAGAGGAUCAUAAGACGGGAGUUGGAGCUAUUAUUUGGGCAGAAGAAAAAUCAAGAAGCUGUGAUGGAACAGGAGCAAUGUAUUUUGUAGGCUGUGGUUACAAUGCCUUUCCCGUUGGAUCUGAAUAUGCUGAUUUUCCACACAUGGAUGAUAAACAAAAGGAUCGGGAAAUCAGAAAAUUCAGAUACAUUAUACAUGCGGAGCAGAAUGCCUUGACAUUCAGGUGUCGAGAAAUCAAGCCAGAUGAGAGAAGCAUGAUAUUUGUGACGAAAUGUCCAUGUGAUGAAUGUGUCCCUUUAAUCAAAGGGGCUGGUAUCAAGCAGAUCUAUGCGGGAGAUGUUGAUGCUGGAAAAAAGAAAGCAGACAUAUCCUAUAUGAAGUUUGGUGAACUUGAGGGUGUAAGCAAAUUUACAUGGCAACCAAAUCCAUUGCACACUAAUGCCCUUGAAUUCCACGACCCCACAACCAGAGAAAAUGGGGUCCAGAAAACAAAAUCACUAGAUGACCAGCAGCACCAAAACAAGAAACUGUGUCUUGGUCACUAUUGAAUAAUUAAGCACUUCUGCAGUCUUGCUCUGUACUUUUUAUAAUGCAGCCUGUUUGCACUUUCAAAUAAGGAAGAGUUUUAUUUAUUGUUUGGAAAGUGAUUUUUAGAAUAAGUUUAUUUAUGAUGUCUUAAAUGUUUUACAGAAUUAUCUGAAGGUCUUUUUAAUUUAGAAGUUCCUGGGGAAAAAUGCUGCUUGUAUUUUCUGUGAAAGUAACUGGGUGGCUAAUUAACACAUUAAAAAAAUACUGAAAGUUUAUUGCUGGUAGAUCACAGUAGUAAUAAAAUGGUGUCUUUUUUGCUUGGUGUACUGAGGGAAUGGAUUUCAAAGUUCUGGGCUAGCAGAAUGCAGAAAUACACCCUAGUUCUUCAAGUACAAACAUCAAGGGAAUCUUCUAGGAAAUGGUAGAUAAACAAUCACUAGCAAUUAUACCUAUUCCUGAAAGUGGCUUUUGCAUAGUCUGCUUGUAUAAAGGCGACAAAGCCAUUAGGGUGGCAAUCGUUGCUAGGUACGUGAUUUGGAGAUCAAGCUUGUCUCUCAUACAUACCCUCUUCCAACUACCAUAGCAGCAGAGCUAUUUUGUCUUGUGGUGCUUGCAUUGCUGCUCUGUGUGCUUCCUCAAGUGCGUCCCAUCUGAAUUAACGUAGACAAAGAGUAGCUUUGCUUUUUCGCAGCCUCUGGAUGCAGGCCUAAAAGAAUUUGUCUGUGCGCAUCUGUCUCCCUGGCCCCUAUGUACUAUGUGAAGAUUGCUAGUGUUUGGGUUUUGUUCAUCUUCAUGAAUGGGCUUCUAGGACUACAGAAGCUAAUCAAGUACCAGAUGUCCUGUUAUUUCUUAGAUAGGAUGGAACCAGUGGAAUAGCCUGAAUCUUUUCAGGUGCCAAUCUCUUGGAUGACUACAUGUGGAGCAAGGGUGACUUUAAAACAGCCACUGAAACUGCAGUCUAAUGUUGUUGGUAGUUUUGAGGGGGUGCUGGGUAGGUAACGGGUAACCAGAAUGGACAGUUGUACCCAGCAUCUCUUGAGAGGUCACUCUCCUUAUUCCUAUCUGUUUGCUUCUUUGAAUAGGACCUUUAGCUGUUUGUUUUAGCAAAUGUUCGAAGACUUUAUGUUCACUCCUCUGCUCAGCUCUCAAGUGCAAGCACCUUAAACCUUUUUCUGCUGCUGCUGGUAGGAUAUAUAAACGGCCUUUUCCCAGUUCUUUCAUGCGUCUUGUCAUUGCUGCCCUCCUUAAAGUCCUGGAAGAGGAAUCAUGUCUUAAGAUGCUGCUGUAGGUUCUGUUUGUUUCUUUUAGGCUUUGGGAAAGGUUGGACCUAGAUAGCAAAGCUGGGAUUGGAUAGUGUGCAAAGCAUCCUUAAUGUGGCAUUAAUUACAUGGAGUCUGUUCUCACCCAGUUUGGCUACUGGUCCUGCAACUUCAGGUACAGUUCUUGAUGCUUGCAGCUGCAGCAAGGAGCUGUGAUUCCUCCCUCAUGCCUCGUAGUAUGACUUCAUUCUUGACUACUGGGACUUUAGAACUGGGGAAUGCUUAUAUUCUCUUACCACCAUGAGAAUUCACUCUUAUUGGAGCUGGAGAAGCUGAUGUUUCUCUGAGUCUAGGUAGACUGAAGGCUACUCAAGGGCUGCUGGUUGAGUGCGGUACGUGCAGAGUUAGCAGCAGAAAUGUCACCAGGCAGCUGGCUGACCUCCUGCACCACCACAGUCUUGCUAAGCAGGGUACAUACACCUUCAUUUCCCAGGACCAGGUAGUGAGUGAAGGAGAAAAAUCUGACCUUGUUUGUCAAGUAAGGGAAGGAUGGUGAAAUCCCUUUUUGUGUCACACCACAAAAGAGUGCUUUUUCACAGUAACUCAUGAGGAAAUAGCUGAACCACCUUUUCACCAGGUCUUGUCAUCUGGUGUGGAGGAACCCAGGUCCUGAACUUAGGACGAGCAGAUCCAGCUGCAAGAGCUCUGUGCCUCAGUGUCAGAUUCAGAGUCCAGGGCCUGGGGAUUAAGUUAUUGGUCUGGAUGUUAUACAAACCUCAGAAAGACAGUUUUUCCCUCUCAUCAAGAAUUAUAUAGUUUCAUUGUUUGCAACUUCCAUAUGAGGUUGAAGUCAAAUGUUGGUGUUUCAUAAGCAAGAUUAUAAUCUGUUUUUAAAUCAUAAAUAUUUUACUUUGGCAUGUUCCUCCCACACACACACUUCUUGUAAGCAUCUUGCGUUAGAGUAAUUACUCUUGUUUUUUUCUACAAGUCAGAAGAACACUGUCCAGAUUAGAGUAAAAAGUCCACCCCUCCCCACCUACUGAAACCUUCUUAUUUCCAUAAUCCAUUGGCAAUGCUUUCCUACUUGAGGUAGAAGCAGGGGGAAAAAAUGGGUAGGUUUAAGGCCUCUGCAAGUUUUAUACUGAUCAGUCAACUGGUAUCAAAUCGGUAAAGAAGUCUGUAUAGGAACAGCUGAAAUUGAAAAGUCCCUGAAACAUCAUGGGUGGCCUAGGUACACUGGGAGAUAAAUCAACAUACAAGUCAAAUAUCACACACAUUAAAUAACUACUCUGCAGUGAAUGCUGCUGGUAACCUGUACUUCAUGAGGAGUUAAGACUUUACUUUUUAUCGGUUUUUAAAAAGAGGAUUUUUGUACAAAACUUUCCAUGAAAUUUGGAAUCGCUUGUAGGGCUGAAGGCUUGGAAGUCUGGCUUUAUUUCUGUCUUGCUGUAUUUCUACAGAUUCCUCCAGAGGCUCACAAAUUUCUAUAGGCUCUGAUUAUCAGUAAAACCCUACUUCUUUAAUUCUUACCGGGAUUACAAAGUAGGGUUUAUACCCUGGCCAACAGGAACAACAUGAAUGGGAUUUCUCUCUCAACUCAUGGACUCCAUAGGCACUGCUGUGCAUGUCAUCUGCUUACCAGGGAGAGCCCUGGAACAUUGGACAUCUCCUGCAGCGCUUAUCUUGCAAAUGAACUCUAGGAUGUUUGUUUCUUACAUAAAAAGAGCAAUGUAUUUAAAAUUAAGAAAUGUAAAAGUUAUAUAUUUUAUAUAUUGUAUGAAAUUUCCAUAUGCAUUUUGGGUAUUUACCAUUCAUUUCAGAGCAAUCAUUUUAAUUGCAGGUGUUGACUAUUAGUAAUAAUUUGGCCUCGACUGAGAAUUACAGAAAUUCUCUGAUAAUUGUCUGCCUUACAGCAAAACAUGUUUUCUGCUAAUAAAUUAAUCAA